AGCGCAUUCAUUCAUUUCAUUUCAUUCGCUAGUGAAAAGUAUGGCAGUUCGUACAUAUGCUGAGUAGCGCUGCUGGUGUCCGUGUCGUGGCGUAGAUUAUUCUGCACUCGCUGGUGGUAGAAAGAAGCAUGUUUUUAUUAAGUUGUGUGUUUGCAGGUUGCAGUAGAAAAUUGUAAAAGCAGCAGUGAUUGAAAAAAAGUGAAUCCAAGUUCGAGUUUAAGAAAAAAUAGUGGAAUUCGAGGAGACAAUUUCGAAGUUGCUUGGAUAAUCUGGCUCGGCGUUCAGUUAAGAAGAACGCACGACCAAACCCGACAUCGCGCCUGUGAGUCGCCGGAUCCUGCGACCGCAGAGAGCCAGUGGCAGUGUUGGUAGUGAUAUUGUCGGAAUAGAGAGUGUAGUUUUAUUUGUGUGCAAUCUUCCGGGCGCGCGGAAUAGUGCGGCAUGUGGACAAUCAGUGGCCGCGGCGGUGGCCCGGCAGUGACACUGCUGGUGCUGAUCGCCCUUAAUGUGCUGGCCGUGCAGAGUCUCAUUCAUUCCCCACCCCGGAUCAUCAAGCAGCCACCGACGGACGAGAUGCUGUUCCAGGUGGCUCAGCCGGGCGAAAACGACAAGCCCUUCAUCGUGGAAUGCGAAGCGGAAGGCGAACCGACACCGAGAUACCGAUGGAUCAAAAACGGCAAGAAAUUCGAAUGGCAGACAUACGACGACCGAAUGUCGCAGCAGCCAGGCCGCGGAACGCUGGUAAUAAAAUCGCCACGGGACGAAGAUCUCGGUCAGUACCAGUGCUUUGCGGAAAACGAACACGGUACGGCCACCUCCAAUUCGGUGUUUGUUCGCAAAGCCGAACUGAACUCGUUCAAGGACGAAACGGCAAAGACGGUUGAGGUGGACGAAGGUAGUCCUUUCAAGAUGCAGUGCCAACCUCCAGAUGGUUGGCCACGACCAAACGUGUACUGGCUGAUUCAGAACAUGGACGGCGGAAUUAGCUCGAUCAACAACUCCCGGAUGACGCUGGAUCCCGAGGGUAAUCUGUGGUUCUCGAACGUAACCCGCGCGGAUCAGUCGGACGAUUUUUACUACGCUUGUGCGGCUUCCUCGCUGUUCCGAAAUGAGUACAAAAUUGGCAACCGCGUACUGCUGCAGGUCAAGCAAACCGGAAUCUCGGCGGCACAGAACAAACAUCGACCGCAACGUCAGUACGUAUCACGAAAGAACGAAGUUGCCCUAAGGGGAAAGAAAAUUGAAAUGUUCUGUAUCUACGGUGGAACACCGCUGCCGCAGGUGGUUUGGACCAAAGACGGAAAGCCGAUCCAGUGGAACGAUAAAAUUCAGCAAAGCAAUUACGGCAAAUCGUUGGUGAUACGGCACGUUUCGAACGAUGACCAAGGUACGUACCAGUGCGAAUCGUCCAACGGUGUGGGCAGUGCGGAAUCCUACUCGAUUCAUCUACGGGUGCAAGCCGUACCGUACUUUACCGUUGAGCCGGAGAUUGUAAACGCUGCUGAAGACGAGACGGCCGAGUUCCGGUGCGAGGCUACCGGUGAACCGAAACCGGAGAUCAUCUGGGUGCACAACGGAAAACCGAUCGGUCAGUCGGCGAACAACCCGAGGCGGGUGGUUAGCACCAAUCGAAUCUUCUUUAGCAAGCUGGAGAAGGCUGAUACCGGUAACUACGGUUGUAACGCCACCAACUCGCUGGGUUACGUCUACAAGGAUGUUUAUCUGAACGUGCUGGCCCUGGCACCGGAAAUCACGGAACCACCCAAACUGGAAUACUCCGUCGAUCGGCGAAAUGUGACAAUGACGUGUCGUGUGUUUGGCGCUCCCAAACCACAGGUUAAGUGGAUUCGAAAUGGACGUGAGCUAACUGGUGGACGCUACCAAAUUCUUGACACCGGGGAUCUGUUCAUCAAAGGGGUGGAGUUUUCCGACGCCGGCGAAUAUACCUGUAAUGCGGUGAACAAACUUGGCUCCAAGUCUGCCAGCGGAGAACUGAUCGUGAAGGAACACACGAAGAUCAUCGAUGAACCACAGGACUACGAGGUGGUUGCCGGUACUCAAGCUACCUUCCGAUGUAACGCAGUAGCUGAUUCUUCGCUAGCUUUGACGAUCGAAUGGUUGACGGACGGUGUUACUAUCGAUUUCGAAACGCAACCACGUUUUGUAAUGACCAAUGAUUACUCGUUGACGAUUUCCAAAACCAUCGAACUGGACACGGGAGUGUACACUUGUUUAGCGCGAACGGAUCUGGACGAAGUAAUGGCUAAUGCUACUCUGACCGUAUACGAUCGACCGAAUAGUCCUUCCCUGAUGGGAAUCGAUUGCCACCAGGCAGUCGCCACGAUCACGUGGAAACCGAAUGGUGAUAACCGUUCUCCGAUUUUGCAUUACACUAUCGAAUACAACACCUCAUUUGCACCGGACAGUUGGGAAAUCUCUACUAAAGAUGUGCCGGCUACCGAUUUCACCUACAGCGUUGACAUGAGUCCAUGGGCGAACUACACAUUCCGCGUGAUAGCUAUCAACAAGGUAGGACCAUCGUUGCCUUCAGGACAUAGCGAUGUGUGCACAACCCAACCUAGUGUUCCCUAUAAAAACCCAGACAACGUUGAAGGUCAAGGUACAGAACCCAACAAUCUGCUCAUCAAAUGGACUCCGAUGUCCGAAAUCGAACAUAACGCGCCCAGAUUCCAGUAUCGAGUCUACUGGCAGCUCGACACUGGGGUAGACAAUUGGAACACGGAAGACAUCUUCGACUGGCGACAAGCGGAGUUAUUCGUGCGCGAUCAGCCAACGUUCCAGCGUUAUCGAAUCAAGGUACUGGCGAUUAACGAACUCGGCGAAGCAAACGUUGCCGCUCGAGAAGUUAUUGGUUAUUCCGGAGAGGAUAGACCGCUCGAAGCACCAACCAAUUUUACUCUCAUCCAAGUAACUGCUCCCACAUCUGCCAUCCUGAGCUGGAAUCCAGUGACCGAAGAGAGCGUCCGAGGACACUUCAAAGGUUACAAAAUUCAAACGUGGACCGAUUCCGAUGGUGAAGAAAACCUCCGUGAGGUUCUCGUAACGUCCGACUCGAAGCAAGCUCUAGUCACAGACUUUGUCCCCGAUUCCACGAACUACGCCCGCAUUCUGGCGUACAACGGACGCUUCAAUGGUCCCUCGAGCACAACACUCUCCUUCGAUACACCGGAAGGUGUACCAAACACGAUCCAAUCGUUAGAUGCCAUACCACUAGGGUCAUCCGCUUUCCUGUUGAAAUGGAAGAAACCUCUGCAGCCGAACGGUAAACUAACCGGCUACAAAAUCUACUACGAAGAGGUCAAGGGAACCUCGUUUGGACCCAGAAUGGAACGUGAACCGCACAUACAAGACCCACGGGUGACGGAAGCAAAACUGGGCAAACUGAAACAGAACACAAAGUAUCGAGUGCACGUGGUUGGAACCACCAAAGCAGGAGAGGGACAAGACUACUAUAUCGAACAGAAGACUGCCAGUGGAAUCGCGAUACCGCCCGAUCAGCCUUACUUCGCGUGGGAGCGACAGCCAAACGAUAAUGGCCGUGCCGACAUCAAGGUCAUCUGGCAACCUAAUCUGGAAGGCAAACCUGGUUCGCAUUUCUUCAUCAAGUACCGAAUCAAGGGCGAAAGCCAGUGGCUCAUGACGGAACCCGUGCUGUACGAGAAUCACCACACUGUUCACGGAUUGGAUCCGGACAGCAAUUACGAGUUCCGCGUGGUGUCCGUCGACGGCGAAUACCAGACGGAGUCUCUCUCACAGGAGGUUGACACUUACGGAAUUGAGGGGCCUAUCAAAGUUCCCAACGAGAAUGUGGCCACGGCUGGUUGGUUCAUUGGAAUGAUGCUUGCGAUUGCCUUCCUAAUUCUUCUGCUCAUAAUCAUUUGCAUUAUCAAACGAAACCGAGGUGGUAAAUACGAUGUGCACGACCGGGAACUUGCGAACGGACGGAACGAUUACACAGAAGAGGGCGGGUUCCCCGAGUACUCCCAGCCUGUUUUACGUGAUUACAGCUUGGACAAUAAAAGCCAGGGUCGACAGUCACUGAGCUCGCAAAAAGUCGCACCGGAAAGUGAUACUGAUUCCAUGGCGGAAUAUGGUGAAGGUGAUACAGGAGGACAAUUCACCGAAGAUGGUUCCUUCAUCGGCCAGUACGUACCCGGUAAGCCACCGGUCAGUGCCCAGUCGACACCGCAAAACCCUUCGCUACAGGGAGCCAACGCCAACAUGGCUACGUACGUCUAAGAAGAAGUGCGGCAAAGUACCAUACCGCAUUGCACCGCUGGUCAACGGCGGGACUUUACUGCUUGUUGUUUACCGGUAGCCGAGCUAGGUGAAGCUGAUGAUCUACUACCAGAUUAUGGAGCGGACACACGUCAACCAGCGCCUUUGUUUUUUUUUUACUUUGUGAACUAUCGUGUAACUCUUUCCGUUACGGAAAAUACAUUCAGUUUUUAGCGAUUACGAAACCUCUAAGUGGGUAGAAUCCAAAUGACACUCUUGGCAACUCAAACGAAUGUGUUCAGACGCAGAUUUACUAGUAAGAAAAUCCAGUCCAGGGCGCAAUUCAUACUGCAUCGUAGGUAGCAUUGAAUAACAAUUAGAUUUUCGGUUUACCUUCUAGAAACAGUGAAAAAUUCAGUCGCUUAGUUUUAGUCAAGCCAACAUCAGCUACGGUAGCUGCAGUGCAGUGUUCUGCUUAGUGCGCCGUGCGCACCUAGCGGCAAUUGUUGCAACUGAUUCCAUUUUAUCAACAGCAGCAGCAGCUCUUAUCUCCGAAGAAUGCGCUCAUCCAGAGCUGAGCUUGGAUUCCACUUUAUUAUCCGUUAUUGUGCUUUAAUUAUUAUGACCUACUAUUACCUAUAAUAGAGAUCGCGAUCGUACGAGAGAAAAAAAGCGGCGAAUGAUCCCCUCAAAGAGUGGGACCUAAAAUGAAACGUGACAAAAAAAAUCUUUAUCUGCUUAAUUUUAUUUAACGAAACCGAGAGAACCAUCAACCGUCGUCGUCUUCGUCGUAGUUGUUAAAUGCCUUCUUCGUCUUAGUCCGGCCCAUUUGAGAGAUCAAUGUUUUUUUUUUUUCAUUACACAACAUUGUUUUUUUUUUUCAGUUGACUUAUUUUUUCGAUAGUUCAUUAUUUGUAACUUUCUGUUAGCGGAACAUUCGAUGGGAAUGAACGACGCGAAACAGUUACGCGGUACGCGAAGUUAUAAGUCAAUUUCGUCCAGUAAGCAAGAAUCUCUUAUUUCGUACUAGUUAUAAGUGCUUAAGAAACAGAAGAAGAAAAAACGCGAAAAUAAGAACCCGUCAGCCACACUUUGACCCCCCACUCUCGACUAGUUUUUUCCCCUCUCAUCUCCGCUCGCAGAUCUAAAAGUGGCUAAGUUCUUCAUGGGUUGUUGAUAGUUUUAUACUCGUUUAUAAAACUAUUGAACAAACCGAUUGGCAUAACUAGGGAGCUGGUUUGGAGCACAAAACUAAAAAUAUUCCGAGCUAGUAAGCGUAGAACUUAUGCUAUUGUGCGCGAGAAAAUCAAACAAAAAGAUAAAUAAGCAUCACACAACUUAUUAUCACAUUUGAAGAGAAAAAAGUUAUAUUCAGAAAGAGAGAGAGUGAGAAAGAGAGAUAUUCUGUAUAUAAUGCAAAAGUACUGCAGUUAUUUUCCGAAACGCAUUUCGAAUGCAGAAUUACAUUUUUUUCUGGUCACGGUAAUGAAGAACACCGCUGAACAAGAAAGAAGGACGAGGAAAAUGAAACGAAUAUGUUGUAAUUCAAUCCUUUCUUUUAAUAGAAAUUUCCUUGUAUUAGUUUUAACUGUUUAGUAAGAGAAAGCUAAAUGUUUACUUUUAUUUGUAAUAAAGAAUUUCUUUAUGAAAUCAUUUGUCUAUUUUUUUUGUGUUUUAUAUAAUAUUAAAUUCUAAGUUUCGUUUUUUAAUUUUGUUUUUCAUUUCUUAUACGAUUACCCCAUGAGUUUUCGAUAAUCCAUUCAUGUUAAUUUUUAUAAUUCCGUAAGCUUCAGAUCCUUUUCUGAAUUGCACACCAAGAAUCGAACGAACACGACAAAACCACACAGGGUCUUAGUGAAAAUAUUAUCUUUAAAAUCUCUAUCUAAUGAUAAAUCUAUUAUAUUUUGCUUGCCUCCUGUUAAAAUUUACUGAACGAAGGGAAGUUACACCCGCUAGCAGCAGCAGCAAGGACGCUUGUUUUUGUUGUCUUGGAAGUGCACACCGCUGCCACUGGGUUACAACUAAUCAAUGCAAUUUUUGUAUAAAUUCAAAUAUUUUAACUAAAUAUAAACUUGUAACCUAAUCGUGCUUUCGCUUCUAACGUUGACUUAACACUGUACUGGGGAGGGUAAGCUGAUGCAUUUAGUAAUGGGAUGAUAAGAAAGUAAGGAAUGCUUGCUGUAGGCUUAGAAAUAGAAAACAGAAUGAAAGGCGUAAUAAGAAAAAAAAACAAUGGGUGCUUUUUAUACACACAUACAGAUAGAGCGAAAAACUGGAACGGCGAAAGGCAUGCUUCGAAUGAGGGAAGAAUGUAACAACUGUGCUGUCCGUAAUUAUGUGGACGGCUUUUUUUGUUAUAUUUUGCGAAGAAACCAAAAACUAGAAAAACAAAAUUUUUUAAAAACCCUAUUGUUUUGAUACAAACAAGUGCUUUUAAAAUGGCUGGAGCGGCUGUCUUAACCACAGGUCGCCUCCUUCCCCAUCUUCUCGUUUGCCCUAUUUAAACUCGUUUCUAACCCUAAGCUUUCACGUUUGUGUACUUGUAUAGGUUUCUUUAUCUGUUCGCUUGUGUCUUGUGAGUAUAAGCAAAAGAUUGUCGCAGCAAAAGAACAAAAAGCAAACUAAAAGUUUAAAGUUAAGGUCACACGUACACUCUAAAAUUAAUGUUACAUGUUUUUAUGAAAAGAGAAACUCUACCUAUAGGUAUCUGUAUAAUAAAGUAAUUGGAACUUAGCAGCCAUAUAGUUGAAACAGAAAAAAAAAACAAAUCACGUCUAGUAUAUAAAGUGCUUUUUGUAAGAAAUAUUGGCCGCACACAACUAAACUAAUUCAAUUACCAAGACCACUCGUUUUGGAUGUCUAGACAGUCAAAAAUUUGCCACGAGCAACGAUGUUUUUCACAAUACUUACCUAACGAAAUUCAAUAGCUUUUCAUACACAUUUCGAGUAAAAAACUACAAAAAAAAACACUGCCGGUUUAGUUCCGUUCAUCAUUGUCAUCAUUCCUAAAAAAGGAAGAAGAAAUCAUCAUGAACAAUAACGCAUCAUCAUCACAGCAGAAACACUUGCAAGACAUUAAAAAAAGCAACAUACAAAAAAUUAUUUACACGUUGGACAAAAGAACACGCCACGAGAGGACUUAAAACGAAAACUGAAAAUAAAAAUCGAAUGUGAGGAUCAAUUGAAACGAAACGAGAGAUGAUAUUUUCUUCCCCCCUGAUGCUUGCCGGAAUCAUCCAACGCAGGUCCCCAGCUGGACAGGGCAACGGGGGGACAAAAAGUGAUGAAAGUAUUUUUUGAUGGACACAUUUAGAUUCCGCCAGGCUAGCAAACAAAAACGGAUCUGUAUUAUAUAGCUAUCAAUUAUUACCGCAUUGGUGGACUAUAACACUAGACAACCCAUCAAAUGCUGCUAGAAUGCUUAGAUAAUGAAACCAAAAAUUGUGAAAAAAGAUAAUUAACAAAAAAUAGAAUCGGCUAGUAGGAAACUAAACUAACAAUGGGAUGUCACUAAUUCCUAAGCAAAAAAAUACGAUAAAAUUCAAUCCCUGACUUGUCUCACCCACCAUUAUUAAUUCAUUGUAUCAACACUCGAAACUAACAACCAAAACGAAUCGAAUCGGGAGUAGAAGAAAAAAAAACAAACAACCAAUCAAUAGACCGUAACACUUAACCGUACUCUCAGCUUGGGCGUUCCCAGCCAAGGCAAGCCAACCCCCGUAUUCUCUGUACUUUGUUUUGAACUCAUAUUGCUGUAAAACUAAAUGAAAAAUGCGGAAAUAAACCCAACUGAACCGAAACACUGAAACAUAAAA